AUGGCGCUCGGCCUCACGCAGCUUCUUCAGAGCCAUGAUCGUUCGAAGCUUCAACAAUUGCCGGCCUCGUCUCCAUCCGACGUCGUUGUCCUGGCCUUGGAUCUGUCGGGUCCCGACCUCCCUGUCGUUGCCGGACCUUGUCUGCUCGCCAGGGUUGACUCAGGCGCGAGCCCCCUCCUAGACCUGGUGCUCCCUCGUACCUGCAAGGCGUCGCCCCCUGAACCUGUCGAUUUCCUCUUCUGCAACGAGCCGGAGCUCUCUUCUCGCUCAUCCGCUUCGACCUACCCUGUUUCAUUCGUCACUCUCGGCCAGAUCCGGCGCCUCCCUGCACCCUGGCCCCAUCCCUGGCCCCAAGUCAACGCGCCGCCCCACCGGAGUCCACCAGCGACGGUGACCUCUGCCUUCCUGCGCCCCUCUGUCGCUGUUGCUCUGCCUCCAUACGAGGAGACGAGCAGAAGCAAGCACAGCGCCUGCAUUGACCGCUCCACCACGUCGGCCCAGUGUCUCCAGUGA